AUGCGGGAAGUAGUGACGCUUCAGUUCGGCAGCUACGCCAACUUCGUCGGCGCUCACUUCUGGAACCUGCAGGAUGAGGCGGUGGGGCGGCAGGGAGAGGGGGGCGCGGAGCAGAAUGGAGCAGGCGUGGAGGAGAGCGUGGUGAUGCAGUGGCGCGAGACGCCAGGGCCUGCCUCCACGCCGUACUGCACGCCGCGCCUGCUCGCCAUGGACUACAAAGGCUGCCUUGGCCCCGUCUCCCUCGCCUCGCCUCUCCAUGCCCAUGGGGGCAUCGCCGCUGCACCGUCUGCCAUGCCUACCUGGUCCGGCCCGUCCCAUGUCUCAUCGGCCGCGCCUCUCCCCCUCAACCCCUUCCUGCGCCGUCUGCUGCACCCGCCCCCACCCGCCGCUCACACCACCUCCUCCGCGCCUGGCGCCCAGGCCAGGGGGGAGGAAUGGCACGGGGCUGCGGGCAGGCACGGUGGGGGGGAGCUGGGAGAGGAGGCAGAGGGGGAGGCGGAAGGGGAGGAAGGGGAAGAGGAGGACGCGGAGGUGGCGCGGGGCCUGGAGGGCGGCGUGGGGUACUGGACAGAGUACCUUAAAGCCCACGUGCGCCCCGCCAGUGUGGUGCAGGUGCCGGGCGGGUGGUGGCAGGGCGCGCUCUCCCCCCUGGACGCGGGGGGGUAUGGCGACUGGCGCGAGGUGGGGGGCGGGCGGGAGGGAGAGGAGGAGGUGGAGGAGGGGGUGCGGCGGGUGGUGGAGGAGUGUGAUGCGCUGCAGGGCUUCUCGCUGCUGCUGCACGCCGCCUCGCCCUUUGCCUCCCUCGCCACGCGUACCGCACUGCACCUGGCCGCGGAGUUCCCAAGGGCGCCCAAGCUGCUCUUCUCCCUGCGCCCCCCCGACGCCCUCCUCCCGCCCGCCACCCUCUCCCCUGGACCCCACGCCCUGCCCGGCACGCCCUCGCUGCACGACCUCUCCUCUGCCGUCUCCCUCGCCUCGCUGCUGCCCCUCACCUCCCUCAUUCUGCCCCUUGGCCUGCCCUCCCUCUCCGGUGUGCUGCCCCACGUGCAUGCCAGCGACACCGCUCUCUUCCACUCCUCUGCUCUGCUCGCCACCGCCAUCGACGCCCUCUCCUCGCCCUUCCGCCUCGCCCCGCGCGCCCCAUCCUGCGCCUCCUCCCCCGUGGGCGCCGUGUCCCUCAGGGACUACUGCGCCCUGCUCUCCCUCUCCUCGCCCCAUGGCGCCCUCGCUUUCGCCUCCUUGGCCCUGCCGGCUCAGCCGCUGCACGAGGCAGGGGAGCAGGAGGCGGCGAGUGGAAGCUCGCCAUGUGGCAUGGCUGUGCUGACGUCAGACGUGUGCAGCAGCGGAGAGGGGCGAGGAGGGAGGGGAGGAGGCAGUAGGGGAGGGCAGCGAGGCGAGGGGAUGGGGCAGCAGCAGGAGGGGGAGGAGGUGGAGGAUUUGGAAGCAGGCAUUCGAGCACAGGUGGUGGUGGCACGUGGCGCAGUGGGGCAGCAAGCUACAGGUGCGGAGGGUGGGUGGGAGUGGGGGGCACAUGAGUGUGCUGUGCAUCCCUCGCUCACUGCACCUCCUCAUCUUCAUUCACUGCACCUCCUCAUCUUCAUUCACUGCACCCCCCUUUUCCCCUCCCUUCUCCCCUCCCCUUUCCCCUCCCUUCUCCCCUCCCUUCUCCCCUCCCCUCUCCCCUCCCCUCUCCCCUCCCUUUUCCCGCCCUCCCACAUGCCCACAGGCCCCACCAGCACUGUCCCCACACCGCUACCACCAGCGGCGGCAGCAGCAGCCAUCCACCGGGCACUCCUCGCCGCCCGCCCUCGUGCUCCUCCCUGCAUUGCCCACAUCGCCGCUGCCCAGCAGCCCCUCGCCAUUCCCCUGCCCUUUCCUCGGUUCUUCUCCGCUGACAUCAGCAAAUACGGCCUCAUCCUGCCGCCCUCCCGGCACCGUGCCAGCCACGUUGCUUCCCUGGCGGGCGGGGUAGCAGCAGCAGCGGCGGGUGGAGUGGGAGGAGGGGGGUGGGGAGGCGGGAAUGGGGUGGGAAUGGGACCGGAUGUGGAGUGGGUGCCAGUGGUGGCGCGGGCAGCAGCGGGGAGGGGUGGGGCGCGGCACGGGGAGGUGCUUGCCGGUGCUCUGGAGUGGGUGGGGGGCCCUCGAGGAGGGGCAGGCAGGCAGGUGGUGGCGGCAUGGGGGGUGGAGGGCGAGGAGGUGCAUGAGAUGCGCGAGCGCGUGCUGGAUGUGGCGGCUGAGAGGGGGGAGCUAUGA